GUUUGUGUGGUCAUAGAGCUGCUCACUGAGUGUCAUGCGGGACAUCUGCUGUCCCCACAGAGCAGCGAGACACCACACACGCGUCUCCAAACACAGCGAAUGAGUGGAACCAAGUUUCUCCUCAGAAAAGGAAAUACUGGAAAUUUGAAGUCUGGAUUCACAGUCUGGAAACUGGAUCUUUUCAGAUAUCCGACUGCGCAACAUCAAAGAGCUGUAACUGAGUGCCUGCCCUUCUGUCAGCAGGGAUCUUGGCUGCUGCAGCCUUUCCCCCUGCAGGGCUGAGCUCUUUGGCUGGCUUGCCACUUCCUUAGCAGAGGGGCUGUUGGCAGGGGCAACAUCUGAGCAGGUCAUGAAGCCUCAAGAGUCUGAGCUUGUCACUGAAAUCUCCAAGCUGCAAUGCAUGGUCUCGGAGCUGAAGACGGGGUUCACCAGCGCCCUGCAGGAGCUCAGCCAGAUCCAACACGGAGACACAGACCUGAGGGAGGAGCUGCAGGAGAACAGGAGGAGCUGCCAGAGGAAAGCUCUCCGCCUGGAGGUGCUGGUCGAGUCUCUGAGGGUGAGGGAAGAACUCGGAGACAUGCGGUGUCAGAUCCUGCAGCUGUACAGGAACCGGGAGACGCCUCGGCAGGAGGGAAAGAGCUGCACAUCUGUACACAGAGAAAGUGACCCAGCAGAAGCGGCCUGUGAGCGGCGGCCUGCUCUGUCCAGAGGGAAAGUUCUGCUGCACUGCUUCCUGCAGGGCCUCAAAGCCGGGCUGAGCGAAGGCACAGAUGCACGACAUCAGGUGGCGAUGCAACUUCUGCAUUCAGAGUGGGAGUACGUGUCAACCUUAAACCAGCUGUAUGAGAAAUACAAGACACCACAAGCCCACCAGAUGACCCUGGAGCCGUAUCAGACAUAUCUGAAGUUUGUGGAGCAGCUGUUACAGCGACAUCUGCUCUUCAGAAACACCCUGCAGGAGCGAUUAACUGCUGAACACUGGAAGUCUGUGGUUGGCGACAUCCUGGUGCAGCUUAUCGGACAAAACGAUGCAGCGUUUUCGGAUAUGUACCUCGGAUACACAACUACCCUGUCAUCCUUCCUCUCGAUGGAGUUCAACAGACUAAACCACUCUGAGAAAACGCAGACCGGCCAGAUGGACAAAGAGGAAAUGAGGCUGCUCUACCUGCUGUUGGCGCCGGUCUCUCGCAUCCACGGCUACCUGAGCCACAUUCAGAACUUGCUGCAGUGGACGGUUAAAGAGCAUCCUGAUUGCAGCCUCCUGCUGGGGACCGAGCGGGCGCUGAGGAGCAUUUUGUCCCGAUGUCAUGUGAUCCUGGAGGAAGACGUCCGGUGGGAGGAGGGAGAAGGAGGUGGACAAAGCAGCUGCUCUGAUGCUGUUGCUGGCGGUUCUUCUGCAAAGUGCUGCACAGGGAGCCCGCGGACCACAGAGUCUGCAGCUCAUGGAGACGUCAGUAAUGGAGUCCCCGGGGGUCACUCCAUGCGUCUGGAGUGCUGGUCCUGCAGCCCAGUGAGGAGGAAGGGCUGCGGAAGAGAGCUGACCCUCCUGGACCAGCCGGCCCGAGACUGCGGACACGCCUGCUGCUCCCUCCUCACCCCCGACGCCGCGGCGUGGGGCGACAACAGCGACUCGGGGCAGGGCACCUACAGCCAGCUCACGGGCCAGGCCCCCAACGGGCCGGAGGCCCCCCGGGCCCGCCGCGGCCCCGAGGACCGCGAGACGGACCAAGACGACACCUCGGCCUUCGACUACUCCUCCGUCACCUCCUGCAGCCCCGACGCCACCCUGCGCAGGGAGACGACGGGCAGCGACACCGGCGAGGACGAGGAGGAGGACAGCGAGGUGCCGGUGCUGCUGAGGCCCUCGUACGGCCAGCAGCAGCAGCCCAGGGAGAGGACGGUGUGUCUGCGCUGGCAGAUCCCCAGAUUAACGCCUCACCCUCCUCUGAGAAACGCCGCGGGGCCGCGCGCGGACGGGCCGGCGCCGUGCCUCGCCAGCGCCCGCGGGAAGAGGCUGGUCAAUGUCAGGACGGGGUCACCUCCUUUACAUCCCAAAAGUGCCUUCAGGCCCAUCUGGGAUGACCCCUCCAAACAGGCUGAUGCAGCUCCAGAGAAAGACAACAGACAAGGCUUCAUACCAAUUCAAACCCCAGUGAGGCAAAGACUCCCCAAUUUCAACCCCAGUAGAGAGAAUCGGAGACCGGGCCUGUCCCAGCACAGAGGAAACCAUGCAGCAGGACUGUGGGAGGACAGUGAGGACAGCGAGGGUCCCUGCAGCACCGUUUGACCCCCUGCGGAGACCAGAGGGCGAUCGACGGGAAAAAAACAAACUGUUGCAAACAAACGUUGAGGUUUCAAACAGGAGCCUGAAUUUAGAUCAAAAGGGAAAUUGUGUGUGUGUGUGUGUGUGUGUGUGUAUAUGAAUGCAGCCAUUUCUCCACUGAACUAACAUUGAGCUGAUGGAAUGGUAGUUGCAUAUGCAUACACAGAAAGCAAAUACUUCAUUUCACUUCAUAAUGGAGGGCAAACUACUUUCAAAACUUCUAAUCUUUUCAACUUGCCAACAAAAGCUUUUGCAAAAUGCAGAAUUUUCAGUAAAAUAGAAAAAAAAAACGAGUAGAGAAAUGAGUAGUUCAGUACAAAAUAAGACUGGGUGAUUUAUUAAUCUCAUGAAGACCAUUAAUACAAAGCAGUUAAAAGGCCACAUACCAUCAAAUAAACCGACUGCUGGAUCAAGCUGUUACAGUGCCACUGGAGGAAAACCAUUGUUUUAUUC